UCUCUGCUUUGGUAGUCAGUUGGUACCUCCUCUCAGAGAGUCUGAUCCCUCACACAAACACACACACACACACAAACUCACACACAUAGACCUUUUCUUUUAUGGCAUUUACGUGCAUAUCUUCGGUUCAAUCGGUCCACUCCAAAAUCCCAAUCCAUCAGAGCUAUAGCAUCAAUCGAUUAAACUAUCAUCACUCUCCCAUUGUGAUGAGUUUUCGCCAAAGCCCUAGACAAUCUGUUCAUCUCCUUUCAAAGUCUUCACGCAAUGAUUUCAAAUUCCAUCCUAGAAAGACUCGCAUUCAACGAUAUUCACCAACAAACCCUAAAUUCACGAUCCGAGCUUCGACCAACAAGUCACAAGUUUCAUCCAACACUAAGCUCAUCAUUGUUAGCUCUGCAAUCACCAUAACAUUAGCCGUCGCGAAUCGAGUGCUCUACAAACUUGCCCUCGUUCCCAUGAAGGAGUACCCUUUCUUCUUAGCUCAGGUCACGACUUUCGGGUAUGUUGUUAUAUAUUCUUCUAUACUGUAUAUAAGAUAUCGUGCCGGGAUUGUAACUGAUGAGAUGAUGGCUAUUCCGAAAUCACGUUUUGUGUUCAUUGGUAUUUUAGAAGCCCUUGGAGUUGCUGCCGGGAUGUCUUCUGGAGCCAUGCUUCCUGGACCAGCUAUACCUGUACUAAAUCAGACAUUUUUGGUGUGGCAGUUGGCAUUUUCUACCCUUCUUCUGGGGAGAAGGUACUCAACAACUCAAAUUGCUGGAUGCUUACUCGUAGCUUUUGGUGUGAUCACGUCAGUUGCUAGUGGAUCAGACACUGGUCAAAUGCUAUCUGGAAUCGGGCUUUUGUGGCCAGCAUUAAUGAUAGCUUCAAGUGCUUUUCAAGCUGGUGCAUCCAUCCUCAAGGAAUCUGUUUUUGUUGAUGCUGCAAUCCGCUUGAAGGGAAAGUUGCUUGACAUAUUUGUUGUCAAUUCAUUUGGAUCUGGAUUCCAGGCUCUCUUUGUACUUCUCUUUCUACCUUUCCUAUCAAACUUGAAAGGUAUACCGUUUUCUCAGCUCCCUUCAUACCUUAAGAGCGGUGCUGGUUGCUUUUUCAGUAUUGGUGCCAAUACACCAGGUUGUGAUGGGGCUCCAUUGUUGCCCCUACUUUAUAUAGUAACAAAUAUAGCUUUCAACAUAUCACUGCUCAACCUGGUAAAAAUUUCCUCAGCGGUUGUUUCUUCUCUUGCUGCGAUGUCAUCAGUGCCAUUAUCAAUAUAUGUUCUUUCGCUUCCAUUGCCAUAUCUCCCAGAAGGUGCCAGCUUAAGCCCCCUUUUCGUUUUUGGUGGUAUGAUUCUCUUGGUGGGUCUCAUUCUAUACAACGUACCUCGGCCUCUAAAGCAGGAAUUUUAAAUAUCCAAGGUUGCAAUUUUGCAAGUGUAAGAGAUAUAUACAUCAAAUACUUGUAAUUCUCUCAAUGUAAAUCUUGGUGGGUCUCAUUCUAUACAACGUACCUCGGCCUCUAAAGCAGGAAUUUUAAAUAUCCAAGGUUGCAAUUUUGCAAGUGUAAGAGAUAUAUACAUCAAAUACUUGUAAUUCUCUCAAUGUAAAUCCUGUAGUGUCGUUCUUUACAAAGAUAUUCAUUCUUGUACAGUUAAACCCUUGCUGUAUGUUGCAUUGGACAAUGCACUGUGUGCAGAAGGAAGGUUUAAUCAGUCCAUUUUGAAUCAAAUGCUGUGUCACGAUAGACCUUGCCGACUCUUGAUUCCUUUGGGCUAAUUUGCUCCAAUUCCAAUUCCAUGCCACAAGCUCCAAUUCCAUGCCACACACUGUUCUUAACAACUUCAAUAUGACUACUUUUUUCGAUAUCAUUCAUUAGAUUUACUAGUCUAUGUAACUAAUGGUGCUUAAGUGGUUGUAUUUUUUAAGGGAAAAUAUGUUGACAGAUGCAUUUUUGUAUUCUGUAAGAACUUGAUUGUUAUUUUUCCAGUACAUGUAAAUAAAAUCACCUUGUAGCUUGUUUUGCCUCU